AUGAUGGAAACAACCUCAUCGUUUGGGUCGGCAUCGUCGACUCCGUCGCUUCCUAACCUGCCGCCGAUUCAACUAAACGUGGAUGAUCAUCCGAAGGUUGUAGGAGGAGGAAUCGAAGAGCAAUUUUCUCAGAUGACUGUACAGCAACGACAUCAUAAGCAACAAAACGAUGCGGGCUUCAUCCCUGCGGCGACUCCAGUGGUGGUUUCAGGUUCUCCGAUGAGUUCUGCGACGGCGAUCCCGGAACAGUCUGAUCCCUUCUCAUCCUAUCAAGGUUUACAUAUGGCUUAUCAAAAGGAUGAACAGCAAUUUCAGCAAAAACAAUCUACGGGAUUUGAUUUGGCUUCUUCGGAUUCAGUUUUAAGCGAUCAGUUAACGCCAAUUCUUCAAAUCCAAUCUUCUGGUAACAAUAAUCGAUCUACUGAUCUAAACGAAACCCCUGAUCAAAACACGAGAAUUCAGAUCCAACAACAACAAAUUCAAAAUUCUCCUUAUUUAUUGUCGAUGCCAACAACCCAACAACUCCAAUUUAUUCAUACUGCUGCUCCACCACCACAAUACAUCCACCACCACCACCCUUCUCCGGCGGUGGUUCCGGUAGCACCUUACUACCAGAUGUACCAGUCUCAGGGCCACCACCAUCCUCAAAAUCCGGCAAUGGGUCAGCAGAAUUUCGUGUAUUUAAUGCCCCACCAAGGGUACAACUUCCCAUUGCAGCAACAACAACCAAGUGAUUCAGAUUCUCCCCGGAAAAAUCAACCUGCUCCAAAAACUGAAUUUCCGGCAGGUGUUUACAGAAGAACAAAUUCAGGUAGUCCACAGCUGAUGCGGGUCCCAUCUGGUAAUCAAUAUGGUGGUGGAGGUAAUUAUGCUUAUGAAGGACAGCAGUUACAGCAGCAUAUAUACUAUGGAAAACAGGCUAUGCCUCCUCAAACAGCUGCACAAUAUCAAACAAUCACAUCGACUGCAGAGCCAUGAGAUUUGAGAGCUGAGUUUAUUGGAAAAUUUUGCAGCAAAUUGUGACUUGUUUAUUUCUAUUUUCAUGUAUUAUAUUGUAUGUAUUAUAUUGUAUGAAUGUUAUUAUUAUUAGUAUUGGUUUGUGGUAUAUGUAUUUUGUGAAAAAGUUCACACCUUUUUCUUGUUUAAAUUGUGUAUACUACGAUAAUAUAUAUAGAGGUGGUAC